CGCAGUCACAAGUCUUCUUUAACUAGUAGAGUCGAGAUAACUAGCAACCAUGUACAAGUUCGUAGUAUUUGCCGUGCUCGUAGCCUGCGCUGCAGCUGCACCAGCACCAGCACCAGAACCAGCACCAGGAUUCGUAGCUGCUGCACCAGCCGUGGCUUACUCGGCUCACCCAGCUAGUCUUACCUAUGCUGCACAUGCACCAACAUUUACCUACGCCGCACACGCAGCCCCGGUUGCUUAUACCGCUCAUGCAGCCCCAGUUGCAUAUGCCGCACAUGUAGCCCCAGUUGCAUACACCUCUCACUCUUCUCAUCUGACUUACGCCGCACCAGCCGUCAGUCUCGUUCACUAGAUCACCGGUAUACGCUGAUCAAAGGAUGAACGAUCGAAAUGGAUUGGAACGACGUUUAAAAGAAGAACAUGACUACGAUCGACAUACUUGUCUUUUUAUAUUUGUUUUCUU